AUGUCAAAUUUAUUUUCAUUAGAAGGUCAAGUAGCAGUAAUAACAGGUGCAACAUCAGGUAUAGGAUUAGGAUAUGCUCAAGGAUUAGCUUCCGCCAAUAUCAAACAACUUAUAAUUACUUAUAGAUCAGACAAAACUUUAAAUGAAGCCAUCGAUGCAAUAAAAGAAAUUAAUUCCAAAGUACAAAUUGAUGGUAUUAAAGUUGAUUUUUUAGAAGAAGAUGAAGAUUUACUAGUUAAUAAAAUAUUUGAAGAAAGUUAUAAAAAAUCAAUCACUGGAAUUAUAAAUAUAUUAAUAAAUAAUGCAGGUAUAACUGAACGUUAUCAAUUUGAAAAUUUCCCUCAAGAUAAAUUCGACCAAGUUAUAAAAUUAGAUUUAAACAUACCAGUAAAAUUAACUAAAAAAUUCGGUUCACAAUUCCUUAAAACACAAACUAAAGGAAAAAUAAUAUUCACAGCUUCAUUAUUAUCUUUCCAAGGUGGGAUUAAUUCAUCUCCUUAUGCAAUUGCAAAAGGUGGAUUAAAACAAUUCACUCAAGCAAUAAGUAAUGAAUGGUCAUCACGUGGGAUUCGUAUUAAUUCUAUAGCUCCUGGUUAUAUUAAAACAAAAUUAACUAAGUCCAUGUCACAAGAUGCAAAAGAUUUAGUUGAUAAAAGAAUUCCUAUAGGAAGAUGGGGUGAACCAAAAGAUUUUUGGGGUCCUAUUGUAUUUUUAUGUAGUGAUGCUUCUAAUUAUGUUACUGGUGAAACUUUAGUUGUUGAUGGUGGUUGGUUAGGACGUUAA